AAUGGCAACAAAGAUGAGCUCAUGGUCAGCUGAGAAUGCCACUCAAGCGUAUAUCAGGACGAUGAACAUGGCGAGGGGAGAAGACGCAAACGGGGCGGAGUUCGUCUCCGCUCUGGCAGCGGGGAACAACGCCCGCUGCACCGUGGUGGCGUGCUCGAGCCAUGCAGACUCGAUCACGCUCGCCCUGGCCGCGGCGUCCCACCAGACAGGAGGCCGCGUCGUCUGCAUCCUCCCUGAGGAUGGCCUUCUAGAAGCUUCUAGAGCGUCCCUAGACUCGAGCGUCGUCGAGUUCGUCGUGGGGGACGCCGAGGAGCUUCUGUCGGGGGACUACAGAGAGGCAGACUUUGUGGCCAUCGACUGCAACCUCGAGAACCACGAGGGGAUCUUCAAGUCCGUUCAAUGGAGCGGACGACCGUGCAACACGGUGGUGUUGGGUUACAACGCUUUCGGGAAGCGGUCGUGGAGGAGUAGUGGCGGUUUGAGGAUCAGCCUGUUGCCGAUAGGCGAAGGGUUGUUGAUGACAAGAAUUGCCAGUGCUAAUAAGAAGAGUGGUGUGGUGGGGAUGGAGAAGAGAGGGCGUUUCGUUGUGAAGGUAGAUAAGUGCACCGGGGAGGAGCAUUUUUUCCGGGUCAGGUCGACCCCGAGACCAGUGAUUCAAGCCUAAAACAUUUUUCUGAACCCAUAACCACAAUGCGUUUGAGUUUUUUGGUUGGGUUGGUUUCUUGACAGACGACUUAUAGAAGUGUACAUAGCUCAUGGUGCAGAUGGUGCAGAUUGAUUCAGCAAAUUUGCUCUCACUCUUUUUUUUUGUGACAUUCUGAGACGACUGUACAGUUUCAGUAGUGUCACAAUUAAUUGUUACGUUUUCC